CUGCGAUCGUUCGGUACUGCGCGUCGCUUUCCGCCAUCUUUAGUUGUCGGAUCCGUGGCUGCUCCGUAGCGGUGAAAGAGGAAUAGAUAGGUAGAUUUGUAGCGCUGGGAGCAAAAGGUACCGACUAGAGAGGAGAGGAGUGACUUGUGGGAAGUCAGGCGAGGAGAGCCCGAAGCACCGAGUGAGUCAGCCGUUACAUCGCCGGCUCGUAUCGCAAGUUUUACGGAAUUGUGCUCCGCCGAACCUUGCAGUACGGUGUGGAUAGACUCACCUGCCAGAAUGAGUUAUCAAAUGUCAUCUAACCAAUCCAGACCGAUGUCCCACGGAAAUUAUCAGGGACCCGGUGAUCUACCUAUGGGGUCGGCCAAAGAACAAACAUUGCUAUGGCAGCAAAACUCUUACAUAGCUGACUCGGGUAUACAUUCGGGGACAGUCACACAAGCACCGUCUCUGUCUGGUAAGGAAGACGACGAAAUGGAAGGAGAUCCAUUGAUGUUCGACUUGGAUCAAGGUUUUGCUCAAGGAUUUACUCAGGAUCAAGUUGAUGAAAUGAAUCAACAAUUGAGUCAUACUCGAUCUCAGAGAGUCCGUGCUGCCAUGUUCCCGGAAACAUUGGAGGAAGGUAUAGAAAUACCUUCUACUCAAUUUGACCCGGCACAACCUACUGCGGUACAACGGUUGGCGGAACCAAGUCAAAUGUUGAAACAUGCUGUGGUUAAUUUAAUAAAUUAUCAAGACGACGCGGAUCUAGCUACACGUGCAAUACCAGAAUUAAUUAAACUCUUAAACGACGAGGAUCAAGUUGUGGUUUCUCAAGCGGCUAUGAUGGUCCAUCAACUCUCUAAAAAGGAAGCCUCGCGUCAUGCUAUUAUGAAUAGCUCUCAAAUGGUGGCUGCUUUGGUGCGUGCGAUUUCCAACAGCGAUGAUUUGGAAUCGACGAAAGCAGCUGUUGGAACGUUGCACAAUUUGUCGCAUCACAGGCAAGGUCUUCUAGCCAUAUUCAAAAGUGGUGGUAUUCCUGCGCUUGUAAAGCUCUUGAGUUCUCCAAUGGAAUCCGUGCUAUUUUACGCUAUUACAACAUUACACAAUUUACUUUUACAUCAAGAUGGCUCAAAGAUGGCUGUACGUCUUGCUGGUGGUUUACAAAAAAUGGUGGCGCUACUUCAAAGAAACAAUGUAAAAUUUCUAGCUAUAGUGACCGACUGUCUUCAAAUACUUGCAUAUGGCAAUCAAGAGAGCAAAUUGAUAAUACUUGCUUCUCAAGGACCCAUAGAAUUAGUGCGCAUAAUGCGUUCCUACGAUUAUGAGAAAUUAUUAUGGACAACGUCUAGAAUUUUAAAAGUGUUAUCCGUAUGUCCUAGUAAUAAGCCAGCGAUCGUGGAAGCAGGUGGUAUGCAAGCUUUAGCGAUGCAUCUCGGUAAUCCGAGUCAAAGAUUCGUACAAAACUGCUUAUGGACAUUACGAAAUUUAUCGGACGCCGGUACCAAAGUCGACGGACUCGAAGGUUUACUUCAAAGUCUCGUACAAGUUCUUGGUUCUACGGAUGUUAACGUUGUUACGUGUGCAGCAGGAAUUUUAUCCAAUCUUACUUGUAAUAAUCAACGGAACAAAGUUACGGUAUGUCAAGUAGGAGGCGUCGAUGCUCUUGUACGCACAAUUAUUAAUGCCGGUGAUCGCGAAGAAAUAACAGAACCAGCGGUUUGUGCUUUGCGUCAUUUAACUUCACGCCAUGGCGAAGCAGAAAUGGCACAGAACUCUGUCCGUUUGAAUUACGGAAUUCAAAUAAUAGUAAAAUUGCUAAAUCCUCCUUCACGCUGGCCACUUGCGAAAGCGGUGAUUGGUUUGAUACGUAAUCUUGCGCUUUGUCCUGCAAAUCACGGGCCACUUCGGGAUCACGGAGCGAUUCAUCAUCUGGUUAGGCUUUUGAUGCGUGCUUAUCAGACAACGCAACGGCAGCGAACGUCAGUGGCCAUUACUGGUAAUCAACAGGCACCAGCGACGUAUGCGGAUGGAGUGCGUAUGGAGGAAAUAGUCGAAGGCACUGUUGGAGCUCUUCACAUUCUUGCAAGAGAAUCGCACAAUAGGGUUAUCAUCCGAUCGCAGAACGUAAUUCCGAUAUUCGUGCAGCUGUUAUUCAAUGAGAUAGAAAAUAUUCAACGUGUAGCAGCCGGCGUACUUUGCGAAUUAGCAGCCGAUAAAGAAGGUGCAGAAAUGAUCGAACACGAAGGUGCCACGGCUGCACUUACGGAACUAUUACACUCCAGAAACGAAGGCGUAGCAACGUAUGCAGCGGCCGUAUUAUUCCGUAUGAGCGAGGACAAACCUCAGGAGUACAAGAAACGGCUUUCCAUGGAACUAACGAAUUCAUUGUUACGCGAGGAUACGAAUUUAUGGAACAAUGCUGAUUUCGGCAUGGGCCCAGAUCUACAGGACAUGCUUGGCCCUGAUCAUGGCUAUGAUGGUAUGUAUGGACAAGGACCUCCUAGCGUACACAGCAGCCAUGGCGGUCGUGGUUAUCAACCACAAGGUUAUGACCAGAUACCAAUAGAUUCCAUGCAAGGAUUAGAAAUAGGCGGAGGAUCGACAUACGGUGCAAUGGACACUAUGGAUGUGGCGCACGAAGGUGACCUUAGUUUCGAUCAUUUGGAAGAGCUUCCGGCGCCGCCCCAGGAUAAUAACCAGGUUGCAGCUUGGUAUGACACUGAUCUUUGAAUCACGUGUCAUCGCCGAUCUCUCGCUCGCGAGGGCAACGAUUUCGUGAGAAUUUUCAAAGGAACAAACAUGGAAACCGAGGAUUUUAAUACAGACGCGAGCAUCGUCUCACAUUUUAUUCUCACCCUGUAUCGAUCGUAUAAACGAACGAUCCCGCGAGGGAUCCUCGUUCACGCGCGGUGGUGUAUACGAAAAUAAAGGGAAAAAAAAAAAAAGAAAAAGAAAGAAAGAAAAAAAGAAAGAAAGUGUGCGUGCUACAUCAUCACAACCGGGUAAAUUAACGAGGAGUACGCAAAAAGAAAACAAAAAAAGUGAGCGAAUUUUACAAUUGUUUUUAUGAGAUAAGGCCACGGGACAAAAAAAAAACUGUGUUCUCUUUUCGUUGUCCACGAUUCCUCAUGGUCAGGACAUGGUGUAUCGACUUCUAUUUAGUAAUACGAGAUGGGUUAUACUAUAUACAUAUAUACAUAACACUUACACAACACCGAUGUGUCGUACCUUAGAUAUUUAUAACGAAUAUGCGUAAAAGUGUGACGCUCGAAUGUUAUGUCGUCGUGAUUCGUCAUUGUUGCCACAAGUCGAUCGCAACUCACACGACCUGAGAAAAUGCAUAAAGGGGGAGGAGAAGCAGUAUGAUGACAUAUCCCGCCGCGAUUACUCUCGUGGAUUAUCACUUCUAAAAGCAUCGUCGAUAUUGUACCUUCCGUUUUCUUUUUUCCUUUUUCUUUUUUUGGUUUUCUUCUGUUUCCUUUCUUCUUUUUCUUCUUUUUUUCUCUCUUUUUUUUUUACGUAAGUCUAAAAAGUUAUUGUUAAUGCGUUCGAUAGAACGACGCGGCACUAACGUUUAGAAAAAAGAAAGAAAGAAAGAAAGAAAGGAAGGAAGAUAGACAAACGGACAGAAAACAGGGUGAGAAAGGCUUUUUUGAAGAAGGAAAGAAAGACGAGGAGGAAAGUUAAAAAGGAAGGCGCGCGAAGACGUUAACGCAUUUAUAUAUCUGUCACAGUAUUUUAUUUAAUUCAUUGUUCUCGUAUCACGUGCAUAAGUGUUUCAGAAAUUCGACCGGAAAGAAAAAGAAAGAAAGAAAAGAAAAGAAAAAAAAAAAAAAAAAAAAAGAAAGAACUGUAUUGCCUAAUACUUAUUAAUCCCCCGAAUAUUCACUGUAUCAUGUACUUCUUUCGAAAGUUGUGAUUUGUAACCAAACUGCAAAAUAAUGACCUAUUUAUACCGCUAUCCCCGAAAUGGUAGUGUCAAUCUCGUAUUUUACAGGGUAGUUAUACUUAAUUUUUAUUAUUAUCAUUAAAGUAGAUGAGCAAUCGGAACGGAACUAUACUGGACAUCGGUGUGCCGAUGUCCUGUAAGCUCUUCCGAUAGCUGUCGAUGUAUUAGAUUUAAGAAAAAGAAAAAGAAGAAAAAAAAAUAAAAGAGAAAGAGCGAGAGAGAGAGAGAGAGAGAGAGAGAGAGAGAGAGAGAGAAAGAAAGAAAGAAAGAAAGAGAGAGAGCGGGACACGUAAUUCGUACACAUCAUGUAUAUGUAUCGUUUAAUUGUCCAUACGAAUAAACUGAACGAUUAAGUACUCGAA